AUGAGUGUGCGCGGCUGGUGCCAUUACUGCCCGUCCUUGCAGGAGGAGAGGACGGUGCGGGACCGCAACCUCCUGCAGGUGCAGGAGCACGAGCAGCCCAUCGUGUGGAAGGUGCAGUUCAGCCUGGGCAACAGCAGCCAGCUCAGCAACCAGUGCAGGAAUUCGGUCCAGGGGAAGCUCCUCAUCACGGAUGAGCUGGGCUACAUCUGUGAGCGGAAGGACCUGCUGGUCAAUGGCUGCUGUAAUGUGAACGUGCCCAGUACGAAGCUGCACAACUGCGAGAGCUGCCUCCCGAACGGCUGCUGCAGCGUGUACGAGCACUGCGUCUCCUGCUGCCUGCAGCCCAGCAAGCAACAUCUCCUGGAACGUUUCUUGAACCGGGCAGCUAUAGCUUUCCAGAACCUCUUCAUGGCAGUGGAAGAUCGCUUUGAGUUGUGUCUGGCAAAAUGUAGAACUUCAUCACAGAGCGUGCAGCAUGAAAACACCUAUAGAGAUCCUAUUGCAAAGUACUGCUACGGCGAGUAUCCCCCAGAGCUUCUGCCUGUUUGAAAGCUGCAUGAUCUGAGCAACAAGGGGAAGGAGCUGGAGACUGGAAGCCAAAAGAGCAAGGCAACAACUGUAGCUUUACAAGAGCUUCAGUGUGAACGGUCUGUGAUGUUUUCAGGGACAAACCCAGAACUGGACAGUGUAAGGAAGGGACUUGAAUUCUCUGGGACUGAAUUUUGCUCUCUUCAGUUGUUACACGACGGCUUUAGAGGAUUAGCAGGACAUUUGAAUACUGA